AUGGAAGACUUCCAGAUAGAGCGGGUGGGGCGGCCGUCCAGUGAGGACAAGUUCUACAUGGGCUUUAAGGAGUGUCAGGAUGAGGUGAUGCGGUACUACGUGGAGUUUGAGGGAAGGGACAUCAAAGACCCGGUCUGUGUCAAUAUCAGCAAGCACCUGGAACAGAUCAGUCUAAAGUUCCUACGUAAUGAUCACUCACUUCCGAGGAAAUCUGAUGACAGGGUUGUGGGAAGGGCUAUGAUACAAGAGACGCAUGUGGUACCGCCUAGAUCACUGCACCAGGAUGUGACCACUUCCAACAUCCAGGACCGGUUCCUGAAAACUUUCCUUUUACCAAAACAACCGUCCAUGAGUUCAUUGAGUGGGUCAGUGAGUGGGUCCAUCAGUGGAUCUGUCAGCUCUAUUGGUGGGUCCAAUUUAUCUGAGUUCUACCUGUAUCCAAAGUCAAUGAGGAAUCCAGAUCAGAUUUCCGGGCAGGAGGAAAUUGAAGGAUGUAGUUCGGUCAGUAGUCAUUCCCCUGAAAAGUCCACAGAUUCUGACAGGGACAGUUGUAAUGGGACAAAAUUAAAGGAAAAUAACGCAUACAAAUUGAAACACAACAUCAUUAAAAGGUUUUCACAGGAAGAGAAACUUGAGCUUCACUUAUCGAUGCCUUUUUGCGACUCUUCCUCAAACAGCUCAAGAGAAGAAGAGCAGGAGAAAGUGAAGAGAAAGUACCCUCGCCAUAAAGUACGCCCCCACAGCAGUCAAAGUAGUUCCAUUCACAGUAGUUCUUCCGCCAGUGGGAUACAAUUAUCUAGUAGUGUUCCACUGCCAGCGUUUGUAAUGAACCCUGACGGCACACACUAUCUUCCCAUCUGCAUACACCCCUCAUUUUUGGACAAUUUUUUCUGCAAGAAAAAGGUUGGAAAGCAUUCUUUAUCACAUCACAUCAGCAUCCCGGUCAAUUUUGACGGACCAUACAUUGACAUGUCACAUUCCCCUCUGAGUCAGUCCUGUGGGUCGACAGAGGGGAGUGUGAAUGAGGAAAUAAUCCCGGGAAUUCAAGAUAUGAACCCCUAGUGGACAGUGUCACACUUACACAUCAAUAUUCUUAUGUCCCAAAGCUAAAACUACUUUGACGGGAAGUACCUAAUUAAAUUCCUAAUUAAAAGCGAGGAAUCAAUAUUCGCGUAAAAUCGCGAGAAUCACAUCUCGCGUAUUUUAACACAUCACCUUUAUAUCAUGGACGCAUGUAAACCAUAAUAAUAAUGAUAAAAACUCGGCGUUCGCGAUGUAAUAUUCUUGCGGUUUGAUGACAAACAGUUAGAUCGCGCAAAUAAAU